AUGGAACUCAUUUUUGAUUCACUUGGACGGUUUCUUCUAGAGUCCGGGUUGAUGGGUGGUCUUCCGGACACCAUGUGGGUAGUCUUAGGCCACUCGGCGGUGACUGAAAAAUCCCAGGUGGUAGCGUGGGGAUUCGAAUUGACGUUGUCCAUGGUGUGAUGAAUGCUGGGCCCGCAUGCUACCACUCAGCCACCGCCUACCCGAUAAUGAUAUGGUUUGAGACGUAAUAUUGUCUAUAUGGCGGGCGAGGUGGCAACAACACAGUCCGCCUUCAUACAACAACCAGAUGCAGCAGGACCAAGUUAGAUCAUUAGGAAACCUGCGGAGCUUAUUGAUGGCAGCCGAAGACUCUGUGAAGGUAGAGGAGGAGAAGCCAAUAGAGAAGGAAGAGAAACACGAAGAGAACGAAAAGGAAACUAAAGAGGAAGAAGAAGAGGAGGAGGAGCAGGAGAACAGUAAAGAAACAGAAGCUGAAAAGGAAAAGGAGGAAGAUGAAAAGGAGGAGAAUGAGGUGAAGGAGGAAGAGGAAAUGGAGGUAGAGGAGGCAAAGAAGGAGGUGGUGGAGGAGAAGAAGGAGAAGAAGGCACCGAAGGAGGAGAAGAAGAAGCAAAAGAAGGAGGAGGCCCCAGCAAAGGAAACCCCAGCAACACCCAAAAAAGAACCCGACGUCCCGCUCUACGACCAGCCGCUGGAGAUGAGUGGCAAGCGGGACCGGAAAAAAGUUGAACGCUUUGUGCAGGAGGCCAAGAAGGAGGAACUCACCAUAACAGGCUCCGGUACACCGCUCGGGGACAUUCCCUUCAUUGAAGCCAUGAUCACGAAAAUGCAACUUGACGAGCUAAAAGUGUUGCACCGAGUGGCGUACAACAGGCCUGGCAGCGGCAACGAAAUAAAGAAGAACCUCCGGAAAUUCAACGGCUUCUCCUACACGAAAGACGACAAGAAGUACCAGAGCAAAGUGAUGACGGUUGAAAGAAUACUCAUGUCGGAGCUGAAGAGGAUGCUGAUGAUCCUGGGCCUGGAGCGGCAAGGGAACAAAGCGGAGCUGGUGGAGCGACUUAUGAACUUCAUGAUGCAACCAGAGGACAUGGGGAGGAAGCCACCUGCCUCCGCCAAGAAGGCUGGUAAAGGAAGAGGGAGGCCGAGGAAGAAGAGCCAGGAGAAGAAACAGAACAACACCUCACAGGACGACUCAGCAAGCUCCAGGAGUGACAGCGACCACUCCGGCUCCGAGGAAGAGGACGAUGAAGAGAAGGAUGAGGAGGAGGAGGAGGAGAAGCCCAAGAAGACGCCGGGGAGGAAACCAGCCGCCGGGAAGAAGACACCUGCCAAGAGGACCCCGGCGGCUAAGAGAACGCCGGCGGCCAAGAGAGCGAAACCGGCGGCGGAUGGCGACGACUCGGACUCAGACGAUGAACCACUGGCCAAGAAAGUGAAGCAGCCGCCCUCGGACGCGGAGCUGAAGGUGAUGGUGAAGAAGAUCCUGGAGGGCGCCAACCUGGAGGAGGUGACCAUGAAGAGUGUGUGCCGCCAAGUGUACGACAGCUAUCCAGACUUCGACCUCACCCACAAGAAGGUCUUCAUAAAGGAAACCGUCAAAUCGAUAAUAUCGUGAUGUGGCAGCGUACCACCAAUAAGUACAGUACAAAUUGUUCAUACAUUUUUAUAAUUUUACAUAUGAAAUAUUUCCCCACCCCCUUUAAAAUUAAAAAAAAAAAAAACUGUACUCACAAGGACAGUUGAAAGUAUUUUACCAAUACUUCCAUCUAUUGCAGAACAUACAGGCUAAUUAGCAGCAUCAGUACAUGUUGUCCUAAUUUUUAUGAGUGCAGCACAAAUUUUAUGCAUCUCUCCAAGCCUUGUGAUGCUCUCAUAGGUUUUCCUUUUAAGCAUUUUCCCCCUGGUUAGGCAUUUUUGGUUCACCCGACCCCCACGUGCAUUAUCUUCGCCUGGCAUUGGGGUUAGGAUCCAAAUAGGUACUUUAAUAACCAAGUGAGAAAUACAUAGACAGACAGACAAGUAUAUGUAUGUGUCACAAUCUAGCAAGUCAUUGAUUCAUUCAUUUGAAACCCUGGGCUGUGUUGUGUGAAAGGAUGUGUGGCUUCCCAUCACCUGUUUGCUCUCACCUGUCCCCUAACCUUACCCCUCAACCUUUACUGGAUGGGAAUGAAAGAGUGCGAGUUAUUCUCUCAAUCAAAUGUUGGAUGGAAGUGGAAGGCACGCUCUCCUGCCGAGCCAUAAUUGUCUGGCCAGCUGUCGUCGUUGUUGUACUUCCUCCUCGGACGUUUUUAGUCGUAGAGAAAGUCCCUCAUGUGUAUCUCGCAAUAUUUGUAUAAAAAACACGACAACUCGCUUCUUUUUUAUAGCAGACAUACAUUGUUAGUAUAUUACCCUAACCCACCCGCCCGCCCGCCCGCCCACCUGAGACUCACACCUUCAUUUUGUACUAUCAGAUUUAGAGACUAUUUUUACACAAACUUAAUCCUCCAAAGCAAAAAAAUACCACCAGCUUGACUUGUAAUAUAAAUGCUUACAGCCCUAACCAUCCCCCUCUCAUCCCCUAAGCAUUCCCCUCCCUUCCCUCCCUCCACCCUCUCAGCUGGGUACUCUUUGGAGGGGUAAUGCAUGUAAUGGCUUGUGUGUAUUACCUGUUCAGCGCUUCAUUAUCUUUUUUUCUCUCACUGAUGUAUUUGUAUCUCUUGCUGACCUGUUUUUCCAACCGCCAAAACCUGAACUGGUAUAUUUCACUUUGUUUUCUCCUUUUCCUUUUCUAUUUUUAUUCGUUGUGGCCACAGAAAAUAUCGCUACUCUAAUUAUUACCCUGAGGUGUUGAAUUGUGAUUAUUUUUAAGGGUAAGUUCUUAUAAUUGCUUUGUAUUUAGGUCCUUGCCUGCCUACUAUGCAUCGCCACCAGGUAAUAAUGAUAAUGAUAAUAAUACCUGUAAUUAGAAACUGUUGUGCCGUUAUCUUUGUCAUCAUCGCCAUGCGUCAGCCGUUGCUUCAUCAAGGCGACAUGCGUUGGUUAUGCAUUCAACCCGGUCAUUGAUUUCUUUAGAUGGUGUUUACUUCAUUAAGAAAAGUAAUAUAUUCCACGUAACAUUAUUGGUUUGUUUAUCGUUGCCAUCAGUUUCUGUGAUUUCAUUGCAUUUAUUCAUGGUUUUCAAGAGCUUUUGCAUCUCCGACACAGGAACUAACCGUUAAGUAGAACGUAUAUAUUUUUUAUUUUGCCCCCAGAACUCGACCGAAUUCUCACCUACAUUUAGCUGCAGCUCCCAGUAAGGGCUAGGACGUCACCUUCAGACUAGGGUACACAAAUUUUGAUAGGGAAGGGGGUUGUGUGGUCAGUAUGCCAUGGCUACACAAAUGUCGCAAGUUUGUACAGCAUUCGUUCAUGGCAUCCCAGUGACUUUUUAUUAAAUUUUUACAUGGAAGGGUGAUGAGACAAAAUAUACUUUCCAGCAAUAACUUAUAUGAAAUUCUGAGAGACACAAGAAUCGGACGUCAUUAGUGAGAAGUGUCAAAUGUUCUUCACUUCACAAAAAAGAAGAAUCCAAGACAUGAAACUGAUUAGACAUUGCUAGUGAGAGAAGUGUUCAUGUUCUUCACUUCACAGAGUCAAAUUAUUAGUGAAAAAAGUGUUAAUUUUCUUCACUAUAAAAAGAGUCUAAUUGAAGCUGGUUAUUGCAAGAAGGGAGCUUGUAACCCUGUGAAGCCAGUGUACAGAUGUGUGUUAUGCUGUGAGGUGUAGUGUUGAUAGUGCUAGGACUUAUCUUUCAGCCACAGAUGUAUAAGUGUAACCUCUGUGCCACUGGACGGAGGACUACUACACCCAUCCCUCUUUUUGUACCAGAUAAGGACAUGCUAAGUGUAAGAUUCUAAUAAAGUAGACUUAGAUA